AUGCCUGGCGCUAUCAAAGUACCCGACUUUGUCCCCCAGCCUUUACUGAAACAGCACGAUGCAGCGGUUUUAGAUUUGGCUUUCGUCAUUGAUUGUACUUCGAGUAUGGGCAGCUGGAUCAAUGAGGCUAAAGAGAAUAUUCACAAUAUCGUUGAUGAAAUUGUUGCAAAGGAGAUGUCCGAUAUUCGACUUGCCUUGGUAGAGUACAGAGAUCAUCCUCCACAAGACAGUACUUUCGUAACUCGUGUGUUGGAUUUCACGCCUUCUUUGAAAGACAUGCAGAAACAAAUGGACAGCAUGGCGGCGCACGGAGGAGGAGAUGGUCCCGAAGCAGUUGCUGAUGGUCUUCAUGAAACUUUUAAUCUAAAUUGGCGCCCGCUAGCGACUAAAGUAUGUGUACUGAUCGCGGAUGCACCUCCUCAUGGGUUAGGUGACAGCGGUGACGGAUUCCCAAAAGGUUGUCCGGCUGGUCACGAUCCAAUGAAAAUCGCACGACAAAUGGCGGAACAGAACAUCACUUUAUACAGCGUAGUUUGUGGAAGUUAUGCUGAAGGUUUCAAAGAUUUCUUUAUGGCUAUCGCACACGUAACUGGUGGCCAAUACGUGUCAUUGAAGGAUGCCAAGUUAUUGUCUAAAGUUAUCAUUGGUGGCGCUCGUGAAGAGAUGUCUUUACAACAAUUAUUAGAGGAGGUGAACCAUGAAGUGAUUAAUGAAUAUCAUGCAAGUGGAGGAAGGGUUGAUGAAGAUGCCAUGGCGGAUAGAGUGGAAAAGACAUUGGCCAAAAGAAAACGCACCGCAAAAACCAUGGCAAUUGGAACAAGUGAGGAACCAUCGGAAAGAUCAAAGAGGAUAGCCGAAUUUGAGAGCAUGUCAGAUGUUAAAAGAGAACUUGCCAAACCAGAAAUUAAGACAGGUACAACAGCUGUGACGUCACGAAUGAAGAGAAAACGAGAUGACAGUGAACCAACCACCACAGUGAGUACUGUGCGAAGCAAGAAACGAGCAUUAAUGCCAGUGAUUUCAAGACGUCGAAGACAUGUCAGCGACGAUGAUGCAUGCGUUCAAACGAGAGCCAGCUCGACGUGUCCUGUCACUGGAGUGUGUGCUGUAUGUAACCCAUCUUCAUCGCCACGUUCAUGUUGUUCUGGUAGAAAAUCUCCUACACUGUUGAUGACAUCACCUGUAGUAAAGCGAUCACCAAAGAAAACAGUCGUACUUGCACCGACAACUGCCACAUCUACGCCAGCUAUCAGUAUUACCUAUCCGAGUGACAUCAAAGUUCACGAGGGAAAGUCAGUCUCGAAAACACAAGUCAGACGUCUUGUGAAAAAAUCAAUUGCGGUAAACAAACUCAGGAAGUCAUAA